UUGGCGGUUGCUCGACGCCCCGAACGGCAUCCGUACCGUCAGUCGGAUGAACGGCUUCACCGGAGCGACUCGAGCGGAGCGCGCGGGGAUGAGCAGUUCCUAAGAAACGGCGGCACCGACACGAGCAGCAUCGUCACCGGCGGCGCCGACGGGAGAGGAGGACUCGACGUUAAGCCCGCGUUCACGUCCAUUCAGGGAGUUGCGAUGGUCCAGUCAAGGGAUAUCUUUUUAGCCUUGCUUCUUGUGGGCUCCACAGUUUCUCUGGAAGUGCAGAUCAUCCCCCACCACGGUGAAAUUAGUGUUGGCGAGUCCAAAUUCUUCCUUUGUGAAGUUACGGGAGUCGCCAAGCAAAUAGACUGGUUUGGGCCAAACGGGGACAGGAUAGAGCUGAACAGACCAGACAUCACCGUAACCCGAAACGACGAGUCAUCGUCCACGCUCACAAUCUACAACGCCGGGACAGAGAAUGCAGGGACAUACAAGUGUGUCGCUACCAAUGGAGAGCUGCAGGCGUCGUCAUCAGUCGACAUGAAAAUCUACCAAAAAAUCACCUUCACAAAUGCCCCCUCACCCCAAGAGUUCAAUGAGGGAGACAACGCCGUCAUCGUGUGUGAUGUCAUCAGUUUGCCGCUCCCAUCCGUCCUCUGGAAACAUAAAGGGGUGAGAAUCCAGAUGGAGAAGGACGUUCGAUUCAGGAUUCUGAGCAACAAUCACCUUCAGAUCCGUGGCAUAAAGAAGACGGACGAGGGACCGUAUACCUGUGAGGGCCGCAUGAUGUCCCGCGGCGAGAUUGAUUUCCGGGUCAUCAGGGUGAUCGUCAAUGUUCUCCCGACGAUCCGGGUUUGGCAGUCGGAGGUGAACGCCACUGCGGAUGUCGGGCAGUCUGCCGUCUUGACUUGUGCGGUUGAUGGCUAUCCUGAGCCCAUGGUCACCUGGACGCGGAAUGGCGUGGUUCUGGAGGCAGAGGAGAAGUACAGUUUUAAUGAGGACGGCUCAGAGAUGACAAUAAUGGAUGUCACCAAGCUGGAUGAAGGAGAAUAUACCUGCAUUGCCAAGAACAAGGCUGGGGAGAGUGAGCAGGAACUAAGUCUAAGAGUGUUCGUGAGGCCCAAGAUCACCUACCUGGUAAAUCAAAGCACAUCAGAGAUGGAGGAGCAGGUAACGCUGACGUGCGAGGCGUCAGGGGACCCCACCCCUGCCAUCAGCUGGAGCUACGGAGCACAGGUCUUCGCUGAGGGGGAGCAGAGUCUGGAUGGGAAUGUAGUGGUGAGGAGCGACGCUCGAGUGUCUUCUCUCAAUCUGAAGUAUGUCAAGUACACGGACGCAGGCGAGUACCUCUGCAGCGCACGCAGCGCCAUCGGAGAGGAUGCCCAGCUGGCUCACCUGGAAGUCCGCUACGCGCCUAAGAUCCAUGGUUCAAUAGCUGUGUAUUCGUGGGAGGGAAACGCCGUUAAUAUCAGCUGUGAGGUCCAGGCUCACCCCAGUGAUGUGUCGAUUGUGUGGCUGAGAGACGGACUGCUGCUACCCAACCCAAACACCACCAACAUUAGGAUCUUCAAAAAUCCCUCAGGCAGCUACCUGGAGGUGACCCCCGAUGCUGAGAAUGACUUUGGGAGCUAUAACUGCACCGCCUCUAACAAUAUGGGCACAGAGUACAAGGAGUUCCUCCUCAUAGAGGCUGAUGUGCCAUCCGCACCAUCCGUCAUUGAGGUGGAGCCCUUCUCGACCACGGCACGCGUCCUCUUUGAGGAGCCCGAAAGCACUGGCGGUGUCCCCAUCCUCAAGUACCAGGCUGAGUGGAGGACACAGGGCAAGGGCAGCUGGGUGCAGAGGACCUAUCAGUUCCAAGGAGGUUCAUACAUUGAGGUGACGAUCACAGGCCUGAAACCAGAGACUGACUAUGAGGUGAAGAUGUUAGCCAUAAACGGCAAGGGCGACAGUGAGAGCAGCCCUGCUAUGCUCUUCAAGACAGAGCCUGUCCGGAAGCCCAAUCCUCCUAUAGUGGAGGGGAAACCUCAGUCCAAAGGCAAUUCCCUCAAAGUCAGCUGGAUUGAGCAGGACGAUGGCGGUUCACCUAUCCUACAUUAUCUUGUCCGCUACAAACCUAAGCACAUGUCGGAGUGGAAUACAGAGAUUCGGCUGCCCAGCAGCAGCAAGUAUGUGGUCUUGAGAGGCUUGGAGUGGGACACCGACUACGACUUGUUUUUGGUGGCAGAGAACCAGAAAGGCAAGUCUCAACCAGCGAUGCUGUCCUUCAAGACCACCGCGGAGCCAGCCGCUAUCCCAGCCACGCAGGGCUGCCCAUCUGUGACAUACACGUUGGCAUCGCUCAUCCUCUCCCUCGCCACCUUGUUCCUGCUGUCAUAGUCCGUGCAGAGCUCGUGCAGUCACUGGCAGAGGAGAGCUUGCCUUUCUCUGGCCUGGCUGUCUCUCUCUGGACUCCUUCACUCCCUAAGUAGACUUUGUCCGAGACCCGCCGACACGUCUCCGUCGGUGGGUGGAGGUGGGCGUCCAACCAGACCGGGCAGACGUGCUGAACCAAAGGCAGUGGAAAUCCUCUGGCUCCCUACAGAUUCGCUCUGCUCAGCAUAGCACAGCACAGCUAGCCAUCGGCACUAGACAACACACACACACACACACACACACACACACACACACACGGACUACCAGUUUACAAUAAUGGCCGCUUAGUGUCACUGAACAUGGGGGGCUGUAUUAAACGUUAGCGCUGUCGUAGAACACCGGGUCAGUACUGACCGCUCUAUUCUACAUGUCAGUUUACAACAAAGGACUUAUAUUGUUGUUGUUGUUGUUGUUUUUGUUGUUGUUGUUGUUUUGUCACUCACAAAAAAAAGUGAUAUGUACUGUAUGUAAAGAUUUGCUACAUUAACUUUUACAUGACAGAGAGCAGCGACGCCUAACAGAGCACCCAAGUGUUUAUUGCAGAGUGUCGAGCUGUAAACAGAACCAUCGAACCGUCGGUGGCGGCGAUACUAUUACAUUAACUGUAACUUCUGUGUUGAUUAACAAGAAAAUAAAUACAUCAAGUAUAAAUCA